AUGAUGUCUCCGCGCAGUCAAAAACCACGGUGGUUGCUGUCAUUUUUCCUUCUCCUCGCCUGUACCAUUAUCGGAUGUGAGGGCCAUCGUUUCCGGGUCACUCCUUUUCAGCGUUCUCCAACGGAGCAGAAAGCCUUCCUUGGUGGACGAUCGUCGACCAAGGCUGUGUUGGGUCUUCGCGGUGGCGAUGCGCAAGUCUCCAAGGAAUUUCUCUCGGAUGGAUUCCUUGGAAUGUUCUUCUCAGUCAACCGCUUGGCUACGGGUGUUGUGUUUACGUUUCUGACAGGUUUGGGAAUGAAACUGUUCCACGAGUAUGAGGUGGAAACACCGUCAUCUCCGGCGAACAAGCUUAUCCGGUUUGCCGGAAUCAGCAUGGUCCAGGAUGGAAUUCUUAGCAUGCUUGCAAUGAAGAAGGGCAUUGAAGGAAGUGCUUUGAACCAGGCACUCGGAAUCAGUUUGGUUCCUCUUGCAGCUCUGUUGCUAGUGCAAGAAGCAAGGGAUACCACCAAAUCCAGUGGCCACCGUCAGAAAACCCUCCUGAUUGGCAGCGUCCUUGGGGCUUGCGCCGUAUCGCUCAUUUCAGGUUCGGGUCUGCCAGCCAAUGUGGCUGCCAUCACACCCAUCCUCUUGGUUGGCGUCUUUGAUGCGCUAUGCCUUUUCUUCCCGGAAACUAUGAUCACGCAGGUAGAGGCCGCCUCAAACCCUUCGGACCAUCAAUUUCGGUUCAUGAUUCGUGCCAUUGCUACUCAUUCCUUGGUUUGGUUGAGUAUUUUCACCGCUCUUUGGAACGGUCAAGACAUGUACAAGGCAUUUGGUUACGGGACUCUCGCGGUUUUCGUGAUUGGUUCCAUUGUCUGCCUCGUCAUCCCUGACAUGCGCAAGAGCGGAGCUCCGACGGGCCCCAUGAUCCCGUUUCAAGCCAUCAAUGCGUACAUUUCAUACCGAUUCCUCAAACCUUGA